AUGUCCCGUCACCCUCAAACUCCGCAAAGCCCGUCCCAAUUUUCUCCUACCACGGGCGACUCGGUUAUGAGCAUGCCCGGCUCCGUCGCUUCGACCACCGCCACGUUGCCGACUCCCGCCCACAGCGUUAACGGAAGCUCAAUUCCCUCGGAAAUGACCCAGGACACCAGCAUAGGCGGGGACUCCCCGCACAAGCGCAAGCGCGAAGCCGACGAUAUGGGCGGCAGGGCGCAGAAGAAAGUUCAUGUCGAGUCCGGCAAUCUUGGUAUCGGCGACCUUCAUUUGGAUGUCGGCGAGAAAUACCUUCUUUGCAGAACUCCGCACCCGAAGCCCCGUCCUGACGUGUCGGAAGAUCUCUUCGAGAUGUAUGGCUUGACUGCGCUCGCGAAUGAAGUCGCACGUGUACUUCCCAACGGCGAAAAGAAUGCGCUGAGGAAGACAUACAAAGGCCAUAUCAAGAAGCUCGGCGUCGCGGGCCACUUUGAUGAAGACAAGCAGGAUGCAAACCGUGAAUAUGGUUUGCUCCACCUCUGCAAGCUUCCACAAGAUGUGUGGGACUUUCAACAUGUCCGUGGUCAGGAUAUUCAGGAUGGGUUUAGCUCCGAGGUACAGCAAAAGCUGCCGAGGGCCAUGACCAUGGGCAAGGGGCUUGUUCCCAAGUCCCAGUGGGAUACCUCAGUAUUGGGAGAACUCAACCUUGGAAAGGGCGAGAAACCAAUCCUUUCGGCCAGGCCCACUGCGCCCAACACACCGCUUCCUUCAGCCGGCCUACAAGGCUUGCCUCGCCCCAAAGUUGGCACGCCUCUCCAGCAUGACGCGGCCAGGUCGAUGCGCAACGUGAAGAAGCGGAGCUACGGUGACAGCAGCUUCGAGGGCUAUGGCGAGGGCUUUCCCGACGAUGAUACUGGCGCCGAUACCGGUUACUCGACUGGAGAGGGUGAUGGUGUGACGGGGCAGAAGCGGAGGAAAAAGGUGCUCAUCAACGACUAG